AGGGGCGCGCGGCGCGGUGCUGGGUGUGCAUGGAUGCUGCUGGCUCCGGCCCUUUGAGGUCCGCGGGGCCUCUGCCAGGAAAUAUCCUCUCCUGCCGUCCACGAGGCCCCCACGGCGACGCCAGACUCCCAGGAUCCACGGCCGGGUGCGAUCCCCCAGCUCGCAGGGGAGCGGCCAGUGGCCAGGAGCUGCCCGGGCGAGCCGAGGCCGCGGCUGCCCGGGCCUGCCUGACCCUCGAGGGGGUCGCUGUUGCCUCGCGGAUUCCUCCCUCGCUCCCCGCCCGCGUCCCUCCCCGCUGCUCCCGCCGCGUCCGCCUUUUGUUCGCCGAGCCGCGCGCCCCCGAGCCGAGGCGGCGGGGCGGGGAACUGGCGGGGCUGCGUGGGGGGCGGGCCGCGCCGGGCGGAGCCGGGGCCCUGGCCUCAGCCGGACUGGGAGUCCGAGGCGGCGAUCGCCGACCAGGCGGCAGCCGGGGUCCGGGCUCGCUCCGAGGGCGCGGCGAGGCGGAGGGGGCGGGCACCGGGCGGAGCCGGAGCCGGAGUCGCGGUGCCUGGAGGAGAUCGGGCCGCGCGCUGCGAGCACCGAGUAGCGGAGAGGCCGCGCGGCGCGGGCCAGGGCCCGAGCGCAGUCCCCGGACGCAGGAGGCAGGAGCGCAGUCGCGGCCUGAGCAGCGGGAGCGCAUCCGGGACCCGCCGCAGGGACCCCCAGACCGGCCGCUCCCGGGCCAUGCGCGCCGCUCGCUAAGAGCCGGGGAGGCCGCGAUGGAGGCGCCAGCGGGAGAGUCAUCGGCGCGGGGCAACUGCCCCCCGCCUGCACCCGCGCCCCCCACGGAAAGGAAAAAGAGCCACCGCGCGCCGUCGCCAGCCCGGCCCAAGGACGUGGCCGGCUGGUCUCUGGCCAAGGGCCGCCGUGGCACAGGCCCGGGCGCCGCUGCAGCCUGUGGCGCCGCGUCCUCGGCGAGGCCAGACAAGAAGGGGCGCGCGGUGACGCCCGGAACCCGGGGCGCGGGGCCGCGGGUGGCCGGGGUGCGCACGGGGGUCCGCGCCAAGGGCCGCCCUCGUCCGGGUACCGGGCCGCGCCCGCCGCCGCCGCCGCCCAGCCUCACCGACAGCAGCUCCGAGGUGUCGGACUGCGCGUCGGAGGAGGCGCGCCUGCUGAGCCUGGAGCUGGCGCUGAGCAGCGACGCCGAGUCUGCGGCGGGUGGCCCGGCGGGGACCCGCACCGGGCAGCAACCCCAGCCCGCGCCGUCGGGGCAGCAGCCUCCGCGGCCGCCCACCUCCCCGGAUGAGCCGUCGGUGGCCGCCUCGUCGGUGGGCAGCAGUCGCCUGCCACUCAGCGCCUCGCUCGCCUUCUCCGACCUCACCGAGGAGAUGUUGGACUGCGGGCCCGGCGGCUUGGUGCGGGAGCUGGAAGAGCUGCGCUCCGAGAACGACUAUCUCAAGGAUGAGAUCGAAGAGCUGCGGGCUGAGAUGCUGGAAAUGCGGGAUGUCUACAUGGAAGAAGACGUGUACCAGCUACAGGAGCUGCGGCAGCAGCUGGACCAAGCCAGCAAGACCUGUCGCAUCCUGCAAUACCGACUGCGUAAAGCUGAGCGCCGCAGCCUCCGUGCUGCCCAGACAGGCCAGGUGGAUGGUGAACUCAUCCGUGGUCUGGAGCAGGACGUCAAGGUCUCUAAGGACAUCUCCAUGCGGCUUCAUAAGGAGCUGGAGGUGGUGGAGAAGAAGCGGAUGAGGCUGGAGGAGGAGAACGAGGGGCUUCGGCAGAGGCUCAUCGAGACGGAGCUGGCCAAGCAGGUGCUGCAAACGGAGCUGGAUCGUCCCAGAGAGCAUUCCUUGAAGAAAAGAGGAACCCGAUCUCUGGGGAAGACAGAUAAGAAGCCCACUGCACAGGAGGACAGCGCAGAUCUGAAAUGCCAGCUGCAUUUCGCAAAGGAGGAGUCGGCCCUCAUGUGCAAGAAGCUCACCAAGCUGGCCAAGGAGAACGACAGCAUGAAGGAGGAGCUGCUCAAAUACCGCUCCCUCUAUGGGGACCUGGACGCAGCCCUGUCCGCUGAAGAGCUGGCUGAUGCUCCGCACUCCCGUGAGACAGAGCUGAAGGUGCACCUAAAGCUGGUGGAGGAGGAGGCCAACCUCCUGAGCAGGCGCAUUGUGGAGCUGGAGGUAGAGAACCGGGGCCUCCGGGCCGAGAUGGAUGACAUGAAGGACCAUGGGGGCGGCGGUGGCCCCGAGGCCCGACUGGCUUUCUCUGCUCUUGGUGGUGGUGAGUGCGGGGAGAGCCUGGCCGAGUUGCGGCGCCACCUGCAGUUCGUGGAAGAGGAGGCAGAACUGCUGAGGCGCUCCUCGGCGGAGCUAGAAGACCAGAACAAGUUGCUGCUGAAUGAGCUGGCCAAAUACCGGUCUGAGCACGAGCUGGACGUGACGCUGUCGGAGGACAGCUGCUCGGUGCUCAGCGAGCCCUCGCAGGAGGAGCUAGCAGCUGCCAAACUGCAGAUCGGCGAGCUCAGUGGCAAGGUUAAGAAGCUGCAGUAUGAGAACCGCGUUCUCCUCUCCAACCUGCAGCGCUGCGACCUGGCCUCCUGCCAGAGCACACGCCCCAUGCUGGAGACAGACGCUGAGGCCGGGGACUCCGCACAGUGCGUGCCUGCCCCUCUGGGCGAGGCGCUGGAGCCCCACACUGCCCGGCUCUGCAGGGCCCGCGAGGCUGAGGCGCUGCCUGGGCUGAGGGAGCAGGCAGCCCUGGUCAGCAAGGCCAUCGAUGUCCUGGUGGCUGAUGCCAAUGGCUUCUCGGUUGGCCUCCGCCUGUGCCUGGACAACGAGUGUGCAGACUUGCGGUUGCACGAAGCGCCUGAUAACAGCGAGGGCCCCAGGGAUGCCAAGCUCAUCCAUGCCAUCCUGGUGCGGCUGAGCGUGCUGCAGCAGGAACUGAACACUUUCACACGCAAGGUGGAUGUGGCCUUGGGGAGCUCUGGCAAGGAGCAGCCAGAGUCCUUCCCUGCGCUACCCACCUUGGGCUCCCAGGGGCCCUCUAAGGAGAUCAUACUGGCCAAAGACCUUGGCUCCGACUUCCAGCCAUCUGACUUCAGAGACUUGCUGGAAUGGGAGCCGAGGAUCCGGGAGGCCUUCCGUGCUGGUGACUUGGACUCCAAGCCUGACCCCAGUCGGAACUUCAGGCCUUAUCGAGCUGAAGAUAAUGAUUCCUAUGCCUCUGAGAUCAAGGAGCUCCAGCUGGUUCUGGCCGAGGCUCACGACAGCCUCCGGGGAUUGCAAGAGCAGUUGUCCCAGGAGCGGCAGCUCCGGAAAGAGGAGGCUGACAGCUUCAACCAGAAAGUAGUCCAGCUGAAAGAAGACCAGCAGAGAGCGCUGCUGAGGCGGGAGUUCGAGCUGCAGAGUCUGAGCCUCCAAAGGAGGCUGGAGCAGAAAUUCUGGAGCCAGGAGAAGAACAUACUGGUGCAGGAAUCCCAGCAGUUCAAGCACAACUUCCUGCUGCUCUUCAUGAAGCUCAGGUGGUUCCUGAAGCGCUGGCGGCAGGGCAAGGUUCUGCCCCACGAGGAGGAUGACUUCCUGGAGGUGAACAGCAUGAAGGAACUGUAUCUGCUGAUGGAGGAAGAAGAGAUGAACGCCCAGCACUCGGAUAACAAGGCCUGCACAGGGGACAGCUGGACCCAGAACACGCCUAACGAGUACAUCAAGACCCUGGCUGACAUGAAGGUCACACUGAAGGAGCUGUGCUGGCUGCUCCGGGACGAGCGUCGGGGUCUGACUGAACUUCAGCAGCAAUUCGCCAAGGCCAAGGCCACGUGGGAGACGGAGCGGGCAGAGCUCAAGGGCCAUGCCUCGCAGAUGGAGCCGAAGGCUGGGAAGGGCGCCAGCGAGAGGCCCGGGCCUGACUGGAAGGCUGCACUGCAGAGGGAGCGCGAAGAGCAGCAGCACCUCCUGGCCGAGUCCUACAGCGCCGUCAUGGAGCUGACGCGGCAGCUGCAGAUGAGCGAGCGCCACUGGAGCCAGGAGAAGCUGCAGCUCGUGGAGCGGCUGCAGGGCGAGAAGCAGCAGGUGGAGCAGCAGGUGAAGGAGCUGCAGAACCGCCUCAGUCAGCUGCAAAAGGCUGCCGAACCCUGGGUCCUGAAGCACUCAGACCUGGAGAAGCAAGACAACAGCUGGAAAGAGACACGAAGUGAGAAGACCCACGACAAGGAGGGUGUUUCUGAAGCUGAGCUUGGGGGAACCGCCUUAAAGAGGACCAAAUCAGUUUCCUCCAUGUCUGAGUUUGAAAGUUUGCUCGACUGUUCCCCCUACCUUGCUGGUGGGGAUGCCCGGAGCAAGAAGCUGCCCAACAGCUCUGCUUUUGCCUUUGUGAAUACCGAAUCGGUGGAGCCUGAGAAAGAUGCCAAGGAAAAGUCUGGGCUUUCCACCCGGGACUGCAGCCGUGUGGGUACCCUGGCCUGCCAGGAGCCUGCAGGGAGGCAGAUGCAGCGCAGCUACACUGCUCCAGACAAGACGGGCAUACGAGUCUACUAUAGUCCCCCAGUGGCCCGGCGUCUGGGCGUCCCUGUGGUCCAUGACAAGGAGGGCAAGAUCCUCAUUGAACCAGGCUUCCUCUUUACUACAGCCAAGCCCAAGGAGUCAGCCGAGGCAGAUGGACUGGCCGAGAGUUCCUAUAGCCGGUGGCUUUGCAACUUCUCCCGGCAGCGCCUGGAUGGAGGAUCUGGGGGCAACACCUCGGCUUCUGGACCUGCUUUCCCGGCAGCCCUGCAUGACUUUGAGAUCUCGGGCAACAUGAGCGACGACAUGAAGGAGAUCACCAACUGUGUGCGGCAGGCCAUGCGCUCUGGCUCGCUGGAGAGGAAAGUAAAGAGCACGUCCAGCCAGACGGUGGGCCUGGCCAGCGUGGGCACACAGACCAUUCGGACGGUCAGUGUGGGCCUGCAGACUGACCCGCCCCGCAGCAGCCUCCAUAGCAAGAGCUGGUCACCCCGCAGCUCCUCUCUCAUGUCAGUACGCAGCAAGCAGAUCUCCUCCUCCCUGGACAAGGUCCACUCGCGCAUUGAGCGGCCAUGCUGCUCGCCCAAGUAUGGCUCCCCCAAGCUCCAGAGGCGAUCAGUGUCCAAGCUGGACAGCACCAAGGACCGCAGCCUGUGGAACCUGCAUCAAGGCAAGCAGAAUGGCUCCGCCUGGGCCCGCUCCACAACCACGCGGGAUAGCCCGGUGCUGAGGAACAUCAACGAUGGGCUGUCCAGCCUUUUUAGCGUGGUGGAGCACUCAGGGAGCACGGAGUCUGUCUGGAAACUGGGCAUGUCUGAGGCCCGAACCAAGCCCGAACCUCCCAAAUAUGGCAUUGUACAGGAGUUCUUCCGGAACGUGUGUGGACGGGCCCCGAGCCCCACGGCUGCAGCAGGAGAUGAGAGUUCCAAGAAACCAGAACCUCUUUCCCCUGCCAGCUACCAUCAACCUGAGGGCGUAGCCAGGAUCCUGAAUAAGAAGGCAACCAAGGCAGGUGGUAGUGAAGAGGUCAGACCCACCAUGCUUUCCCAGGUGGGGAAGGAUGGUGCCCUUCGGGAUGGAGAUGGAGCCUUAAUUCUUCCCAGUGAGGAUGCUGUUUGUGACUGUAGUGCCCAGUCUCUGGCCUCCUGCUUCGUCCGGCCAUCCCGCAACACCAUCCGACACUCUCCUUCCAAGUGCAGGCUGCAUCCUUCAGAAUCAGGCUGGGGCGGGGAGGAGAGGGCAGCCCCCCAAUGAGUCACAGAGCAGCCAAGCUCCCCGCCUCAAGCAGCCUAGACCCUGGAGAUGAGGCAAAGGAUCACGUCCUCAGCCUCGCUCUGCCUGGGAGGAACAGCAGCUAUGCCACUGCCAGAGAAGAGCUUUUCAAGGUAAAGCAGGGUGUCCCACUGACUGCUGGGAGGUGACCUCUGAUUUCCAGGGGAAGGCAGUGAGGAGGAGAAAAGAACAACCUGGGUGAUCAGGACUGGGCUUCCCAAGCACCUGAAGAACACCGCACGUCACCUCUGGAUCCUGAAGGGGGCUGGCACCACCCACAUCACUCCUUAGGAUCCAGAAAAGGAGGCAUUUCUGGGCAAUCCCCAGGAGUGUGGCUCACAGAGAUACUCCCUACUGACCGCAUGUGGAGAAGCCACUGAGAAGAUUGGGGCUCUGCUUGGGGCCCAGCUUGACGCUCUUGAAAGAGCUGGGCUGGGCAGUGUGGCCAUCGCUCCUUCUUUCCUCCUCCCAGCUUUGCUGAUCAGGUUGCUGGGCCUUCUUGGAGCAGGGAAGGGGGAUAUGAUAGAGCAGAACCAAGUCAACUUGGAAUCCUGGAGCCCUGGAUCCCCCUGCCUGUACCUCCACGUAGCAAGAGCUGGGGGCAGGUAAGAGUGUGUCAGGUUCCAGUUGGAGGUCAGAAGAGCUGACUCCCUAGUCAAGGUGACUUGAAGGCCCAACUUGCAUAGCAGACUCCUUGAGAACAGAAAUGGGUAGGGUCCCUCUCAACACCUGAUGCAGAGGUAAAAGCCUACAUGCCUUGCCUUGAUUCCCUAGGGCCUCUUUCUUGGUAGCAGAGAUGGGUGCCACAAUCCUGCAUCAAGGAGAGGGCAGAGAUGCUCCCUGGGAAAGAAUCUGUUGUUCAGGUCAGGCCAGAGAGCACCAAGAGGCCAGUGGCCCAUGACACAGCCCGAGACAAGGGCCUACAAACAUUUCUUGCCUAGAUUGUUUAUUUGAAUUUUUCAUACUAUAAAUAUUUAAGGUGAUUUAUUUUAAUAAUUUAACUUACUGCCCCCCCCCCAGCCCUUAAGGUAAUUUAUUAGAGGUAUUCUUGCCACAGGGACAACAUGGGGCUUAUGACACCAUGGAGUCCCCCAUGUGGUUGAGGCAGCUCAGCACCAGGCUCAGAUGGCCUGGUUUCAUCAGAAGGGCCCCUUGGCAGAACUGGGGCUCUGCACCUUGUUCCCCCAAUACCACUGGCCAUUUAGUCUCAGAUGGCUACGUUUUACUCAUCACCCGGUACUUGGCCUGACCGCUACAGGCCAGCUUGUGAAUGCUUCAGACACGGUGUAGGCCAGAAUGAUGUCAUCACUCCGCAGACAUCCUUCAUGAUCCCUCGCAUCCCUCCCGGCCCUCCAGCACCUUUCCUCACAAGUCAGACGUAGAUGACUGCAGCUCUCUUCCGAGCACAGCGACCCCCUCCGUGCGCCCGUGUAAGAACUCGCAGGAAAACAGGAUGGACUUCUAGAAUGUUCUCUAUUGCAGCUUUGCACAUGGAUCUGAGAGUGUCUACCAGCCUGCCAGCCUGUUCACCAGCCCUUCUCUUAGCCUUAUAGCCACUCAUGGCUCUUCUUCUAGCCCCAGCUCUACUGCCUGUCCUUCCCACACCCCCAGGAGUCGCCUGAGCCACACCAGUGUAACUCGAACUGUAGUAGAGUGAGCUCACCUGCCUCCCCUUGGUGCCAAUGACGCGCUGCCCUCUUCUUCCUGGCUGGGGAUUCGGACUCAUCCGAGGAUGAAUUGGCUUCUGUGCAGAGUUCCCCAUCAGGAAGGCAGAGAGCCAACUGCAGAGGUAGUUUCCCCCAGGACCAGGGAGAUGCCUCUGCUCUCCUGCCUCCGGUUUCCAGGCUACCUCUUUAGGGACACCUGGAACAGUUACCCAAAGCCCCUCGACCCCAUUCCCUAUGGGCAGUAUAGCAGGGUCAGUCCCUCACACCAGCUGUUGCCUCGUGUCCUAAUGACUUGCACGGGCAGAGUCAGCAGGCCGGUGGACCAUGGGCCAGGUCCUUCCAGGAUGCUCCUGCUCUCCUCCAAGAGGUCAGAGGCCCCUCUAAGGUUAUCUCCAGCUGAGGGGACCACAUCAGGCCACAAGCCACCAGAGGCCUUCUGCCACCUCCCAGAGCUGCUGAGAGCCAGGGAGUCUUGAAGAAAAGCCCCCUAGACCUGAACCCCAGGGCUUAGGGGCCACUCAGCCUUACCAUCUGUCCCAUCUGGGUUGUCGUGCAUUCCCACUGUCUCAGCACCUGGCCCCCACGGCCCCCAGCAGGUGUUGCAAGCUCCAAGUCUUGGUUUUCAGUCCCUGUUUCUAAUUCUUGCUUGCCACUGUGCAAGGCCACCUGUCAUUGUCCCAAUCGAAGCCUCCGAACACAGGGCUCGAUGGGGUUGAAAAUGUUACAUGUAAAUAUUGGUUUGGUUUGAUCUUUAGCAUUUUACUUGGUAACUGGUUCUGUUUUCUUUUGGGGGGUGGAAGGGUUGGUUUGUAAAUCUCUCUACUCUUUUGAAAUGUAAUUUCUAAGUUUGUUUCUUCAAAUGCCUUUUAUGUCUUAGUAACAUUCCCAAAGCAGAAAACUGCCUGGCCUACAUGGGGUACUCCCCUGGAGGCCCGGGGUCAUGGGAAGGAGCAACACCCUUCCCCCCAAUCCAUCCUCCUUCUGUUCACCUCCAUUUUUCUCCUUUUCCUUCAGCCCUCUACUUCCUUUUCCUCUCUCUCUCUCCCUCUCUCUCUCUCUCUCUCCCUCUCUCUCCCUCUCCCUCCCUCUCCUUCUCUCUCUCUCUCUCUCUCCUUCUCCCUCUCCCUCUCCCUCUCCCUCUCCCUCUCCCUGUGUCCCAAAGGAACCUUGGGGCCCUAGUCCUCUAAUAGAUUGCCUGGCUUGGGCCCACAGGGUUGACACAGAUGGGCUGGGGGCAUGAGGGUGAAUUGCAUGAUUGACACUAAUCUAUGUCUCACAUCUUCCUGGGGAUAAACCAAAUUAGACUGUCUUGGAGGCAAUGGUGAUGGGUUUUGAAAUGAAAUUCAGAGCCCUUGAGACCCCCUGACUGAACAAGGAGAAUCCAUUUCCCUUUGCCCUGUAGCCUUCCUCCCCGUCCUUAUCCUACCAAGGCUUGUUCUCCAGGAGCUCAAAUUGGGCCCUAUCUCUUGGCCUCUCCAGUGAUGUUCGUCUACCAGCUGGCCUCCAGGUGACAAAAGCUCUCAAAAAACUUGACCUUCUGGACACCACUAUGCCACUCCCUGUGCAUCAGUCCCUCAGCUUUGUCUCUUGCCCAGAGGCCCUUCCCCCACCAGCCUCUGCCUCCAGAGUGCUGGGAUUAAAGGCGUGCAUCACCACUGCUCAAGGGCAGCUCUUAAGAGGCUUUUUGACAGGCCAGGGUUUAGUAUCUCAUUCUACAGUUCUCAUGCAGGAGCCUGGAACCAGGAAGAUAUCUGCCUUACAGUGGGACUCUCGCCUGCUUUAUGUACAAACUCACUGGGACGCUGGCUAGGGUCAGGGCAUCCCAGAUUUGCCACUGCCGGACCCAGAAGCAAGACUUGCAACUCUCUGAACCUUUGGGGUUAGCUCUCUGGGAGAUCCAUAUGCACCAGUGACUGGUGUUUACACUCACGGGUCCAGCCAUUCCCAGCUGAUACAUGGUGAGCCAGUGCUCACGGUGCUAGGUCCUUGACAAGAGCCCUGAGCACUGGGGACGGGGGUGUCUCAGCCAAACUCAGCUUUAGGUAAAUUGCCAAGGGUUUCCAACAGGCAGCAAAAACAGUCUUUCACCUUAGUCACAUGUUUCGUGAAAUAACCAAGCUAGAAGUGUUGAGGCUGAUGGCGGCACAGCCCUUUCAUUGUAGCUACUCAGGAGGCUGAAGCAGGAGGAUCAGGUUCAAAGCCUGCUUAGGCUAAAGAGUGAGUUCAUGGUCAGCCUGGGCAGUUUUCUGAGGCCUUGUCUCAAAAUGAAGAUUUUAGAAAGUGCUGGGUAGCUCAGUGGUAGAUGCUUGCUUUGCAUGUGUGAGGCCCUGGGUUCUUUCCCUAGUAUUGAAAAACAAAGAAAAUGAGAAAAUCAAAGGGUGAGGACUGGGGACAUGUAUGUCAGUAGUAGAGCACUUGCCUAGCAUAGGAAAAAAGAAAAAGAAAAUCUUUCCCCAAUCUACCCACUAUAAUCCCCAUAAUUACACAAUUUAAGUUAUACCGCACCCCCUUACUUUUUGUUUGUCUGUUUUUGUUUUCAGACAUGAUCAUGCUAUGUAUCCCUGGCAGAUCUGGAAAUUGCUAUUUUGACCUUAAACUUGUAAUUCUCCUGCCUCUGCCUCCCAAGUUUAAUGAAUUAACGAUUAAUAGGCGUGUGGCACCAUCCACAGCCUUAAAUUUCAUUCUUGAGUUCCCUGGCAGUCACGGUAAGACGAGAAGCAUAUCAGGCCUUUAUCGUUUCCAGCCAUCUGUCAUGUGAGGCAAGCGUGUUUGCUCAGAGACAGACUGAUGUGGAAGCGUGAGUUCUUUCCUCGAAGACCGAGGAGCUGCUUGGUUUGCCCAAGACAAAGCUUGUUUUCCGGGUGACUGUUUUACAGAAUAAUAAACUGCCAUCAACUUGAAUGACCUCAGCCAGAUCACAUAGCUAGUCUAUGCCUCAAUUUCCCCAGCCACAGAGUGGUGGCUAUGCCAAAGACCAAAUAUAUCAUGCCCGUUCGUCUCCUGAGAAAAGCUGGCAUUCUAUCAAAUCUGAAGUGAAACUGAGUGCUUUCAGAGGCAUCGAGGCGCUCGGUGCCCUGGCUCUGGUGGUGGUGUAUACCUCCUUCUCUCAUUGGCCUUAAAAUAAAUAGAAGGGACCACAAGAGAAUCUCAGUCAUCAUGCUCACAUUUUAAAAUGCUACUGUAGUCUGUUUAAGUGUGUGUGUGUGUGUGUGUGUGUGUGUGUGUGUGUGUGUACACAUGCUAGGAAUGAGACCCAGCAUAUGAGAGAAGCACUUGACCACUGAGACACAUCUUCAAUGCCUAACAGGCUUUUUAAAAAAAUAUUUUUAUUUAGAGACAGGGUCUCCUGUAUCAUCAGCUGGCCUCCAACUCACUGUGUAGCCCAGGGUGACUUGAACUUCUGAUCUUCCUGUCCAUCUGCGUUGGCAUUAGCCACAACCCCUGGCCAUAGUGUCUUUUAUGGACAUUCACGGUAUUGUGUCACCACUACUAGCUCCAGAACUUUUUCUUGGUCCCAAACCGAAAUUUCACCCCCUCAUAAUAAUUAAUAACUGACCCAUAGACAAUAAUUCCCACCCUUGCCCCAGGGCUGGAUGACCUCUGCUCUAUUUCCUUCCUUUUUACACUGGCCUGUUUUAGGUACUUGUGUAGGCAGAAUCCAACAUUUAUCCAUUGUGUCUCACCCUUUCACGUUUUACUUGUGGAGAAGGGAGUGGCUUGCCCAAGGCCUCACAGCAAGGCAUAGGUGGAGGUGGCUACCAGCUACCAGCUCCUGGCUCUCAGAAGAUUUUCUACAGUGUGCAUGAAGCAUGCUCUGAGGUCUUGGCUGAAUCUGCAUCUUCCCCCCUCACCCCACCCCCUCCUUUAUCAUCAUCCAUAUCAUCAGCUCUAUAGUAUCAUCUCUUCCUGCCACUACUUCCUGGCUGGGUUUCUGCCACCAGAUGAAGUGGUCCUAUAACCUAGGACCAGGUUUUCUUCUCUGGGACCCUGGGAUUUUUACAAGGCCAGCCCUCAGCCCUCCCAUGUCCUCUGGUACACUCUUCCCUCUUCUGUAUGGACUUUUGUCUGACCUUGGCCAUCUCCUCCCUAGCCCUACAAACUCACACCCCCACCCCCUCAGGGGAGGAUCAUGUCCAGUCUGUCCCUCUCCCAAGGUUUGCUCUCAGAUCUGGAAUUAUCCAGUCUUGUGUUUAUUUUGCAUUUUUCCUGAGGGAUCCCCUUUGUUCUGUGCAUCACCAUCACCAUCUCCUCCAGCCCUUCUCGUCAGACUCACCCCACUCCAGCAACCUCCCAGCCUGGAACACCCCCAGUCCCACCCCGCUCUCUGCUUCCUGUCUUCCCUGCUUCUCCCAAUAUAGCUGUGUCACCUUCCGCUGGGAGGAUGUGAGGUGGACCUUUGGGUCUUCUCUGUCCUGCCCACUCUUGGUGACCUUGGUAUAAAGCAGGGGAAAUUUGACUUCUCUUUGGUUUUGUCUCUGUCCGUCCCAUCUGUUCUCCCCUGCCCUUCACCUCCUCCAGAUCAGCUCACGUUGGCAGAACCUCACCCACCUGAAGCAACAGAUUUCGCAGUUUGCAGAAUCCCCAGACCCAUGAAAGGGGACUGAGGACAUGAUACUGGGCCACAGUCCCUGCUCAGGGCUCCUCUGUCAUCUGACCACUUUCCUUCCUCACCCUCCUGGGAGCCUUUGCAUCCCUUUGUCUACCCCACUGACCCUGUUCCCCCUUCUUGCCUUCACUUGCUCCCUGGACCUAAGGGAAGAGUCUUUGGUUUCCUCUGCUAUCUUGGAAGGACUGAGGCAGUCAGGGUCUGGAGUCCUUGUCACACCACAUCCAAAGCCACCUAUGCCACCUCUGGGAAGAGAGACCUCAGCUAGCAGUCUUGGAAACCCAAGUUUGAGCGCCCGGUUUUAUGGUUCUCCCAGAACACCAGAAUGACCCUAUAGGCUUCAAACAUCCUUUGUUUUGGGAUCCUACGACCUCCACUGGAUCCUCUGGGCCCUGCCUUCGAUUCUCUGUGCCUUAUUUUACUUCUCUGCACAGGGGGGCUCACCCACCACCUCUUUCCCAGCAUCUGUCUAGACCUCUUUGUACCUCUACAGCUGGGCCUUGCCAUCAAGUCUUGCCAUAGGAGUACCAGGUUGCCAAGGCAACUGGGAGUAUUUCUGAGGAUUAGUGUCUCUCAAACUCUGUCCCGGUAGUAGAGCGUCACCAGGAAAGGUGGCAGAAGUGCAGAUUGUUGGCUGCAUCCAAGACCCAUGGAAGCAGGCCCAGGAAGUUAGGGUUUGAAAGAGCCUCCGGGUCAUUCUGAUACAGACAAGUUUGUCAACAACUACAAGGUUGUUGGUCUAGACGAGCUGUCAUCUCAGCUUGGGUAGUACCCGGGCCUGGCCUGGGCCAAAAAAUGGAAAACAACCAGACUUGUAGAUUCAAGGCCUCUGUCCCCGAAUAAAACAUCACUGUGACGUCUCCUAUUUUUGGAAGCUGGAAUGGGGGGGACGGCCCUGCAGCUUUCCUGUUACCUCCCUGGCUCUAUUUCAGCCCAGCUCACCAUCCCCUUCAAAUUUGCAUUUUGUGGAAAUCUGUAUACGUGGUCCCAGCAGACAAGCAGGAGGAUGGGGGAGUCCCCAGAGGCAGGAGGCAAAAAGGACCCUUUUCACUUUUCUCUUAGGAUCCCCACCAUUGCCCAAGGGAAGGACACUUGCUGCAAGGAGAGAAUCCCAAGCCCUGUCCCCAUCAGCACUCCCACACCACACCUCCUUAUCCUCCCAAUCCCAGGGAGACCUGGUACAGUGCCAAAAACCAGUCAGGACUUGGGAAAGAGCUAGAAACUGCCUUUCCUCUUCCUGGCCCCCCCCCCCCCCCCCACUGCCUGGCCAAUACUGUGAAGCCCUUCCUGCUCAGCCUGGUUUCCUGGGGAUGGUCCUGCAGUCGUGGGCCCUGGGGGACCCCUCAGGAGGGAAGGGACCAAGGGCAUCUUUGGGCCAACUAUCCACCUCUCCUUUCCACUAUUCUCCCUUCCUCCCCCUUCUCUUCCUUCCGCUAUCCCCAUCUGCCUUUCUGCCUUUAAAGGCUCCUUCCUGCGAUGGAUUGGGUGAUAGGAGGACCGUAGUCUAGUCCACCAGCUCUCCUCGCCCUGUGUCUUAUUUCAGACAUGACAACUGUACAGUGUAAACUUACAAAGUGUUUUUAAUAGUUGUAGAUUGGAAAUAAAGUAUGUCAUAUAAAUGGUU